GAUCUCAGGGCUGGGGUCCCGCUGACGCUGUGCGCAGUGCCCGCUGCUCGGUGAGUUCGGCGAGGAGCACAUCUUCUCCGUCUACGAGGCCAAGGAGACGUCGCUGCUCAAGAGCGAGAAGGCAUCACUGCAGCAGCAGCUCAACCAGUUCCAACACGAGCUGGAGAAGAGCAAGGAGCGCGAGGAGCAGCUGGACGAGAUGAUCCAGGCCUACGAGAAGCUGUGCGUGGAGAAGGCGGACCUGGAGUCAGAGCUGGGAGAGAUGCGGGCGCUGGUGGAGACGCACCUGAGCCGCAUCCGGAGCCUGGAGCAGCAGCUGCGGCAGCGCGAGGCCAACCCCUUCCCCGCGCUCAGCGCCCCGCUGCCCGGCCAGGAGGUGCCUUUUCUCUCCCUGCACCCCAACCCCGGCCUCAGCCACGUGCUGGAGCGCCCGGGGGGGUGGCCGAGCCGCGGGCUGGAGGCUGAGCUGGAGGCGGCACGGCAGGAUGCCCAGCGCGCACAGCACCGCGAGGAGCACCUGAAGGCCGAGUGCGAGCGGCUGCAGCUGGAGCUGAAGCACCUGCAGGACAGCCGGCAGCAGGAGCAGUCGGAGCGGGAUAUGGCCUGGGUGAAGAAAAUGGGCGAUGACCAGGUGAACCUGGCGCUGGCCUACACGGAGCUGACGGAGGAGCUGUGCCGCCUGCGGAACCUCAGCUCCCUGCAGAGCCAGAUCCUCCGCGCGCUGCUGCAGGAGAAGAGCCUCAAUGGCGGUCAGCGCCACUCCCCGCUGUCUCAGUGCCAUUCCCCGGCCCAGCAGCGCCGCUCGCCCGCCCCUCAGUGCCCCUCGCCCGCUCCCGGCCGCCCUCCGGCCCCGCAGUGCCAAUCCCCGGCGUUGCAGCGGCGCUCGCCGGCCCCGCAGUGCCAAUCUCCGGCCCAGCAGCGCCGCUCGCCCGCCCCAGGACCCUGCCAGUCUCCGGCCCAGCAGCGCCGCUCGCCCGUGCCCCCCUCCAGCCCCUCGCCCGCCCCACAGCGUCGCUCCCCGGCCCCACCGCCGUGCCCGUCCCCGGCGUCGGCGUCGCCUCACCGUCUGCCCGGCGAGAGGAUGGAGCUGGGCUACGCCAAACCUUCCAGCCGCCACAUCAAGGCCGGCUUCCAGGGCCGCCGCAGCUACUCGGAGGUGAGCAACGUGGCCCCGUACCAGCAGAGCCGCGCGCUCUGGCUGCAGCCCGAAGCCUCCACGCUCCCCAAGCACCGGCCCUACAGCGAGGUGUACCUGGGGGGCGCGGGUGCCCCGCUGAGCUCCCGCGAGCCCUUCGAGGAGCACCUGCGCUUCGAGAAGCAGUCGUCGGAUGAGGAGGACUGGGCGGACCCCGGCCCCCCCAGCCCCGAGGCGGGGGCCGUGCGCUGCGCGUCCUUCUGUGCCGGAUUCCCCAUCCCCGACCGGACGGCCGCUGCCUACGCCAGGGCCGAGCACGCCCAGUCCUGGCCCUCCAUCAACCUGCUGCUGGAGACGGUGGACUCGGAGAUCCGGAGCUGCCCGCUGUGCCAGCUGGCCUUCCCCAUCGGUUACCCGGACGAUGCUUUGAUAAAGCACAUCGAUUCGCACCUGGAGAACAGCAAGAUCUGA